UUUUCACUCUGUACAAUCGAAAAUCAAAGGAAAAGAAAUGCUGCGAAUAUGUGUACCAUCUUGCCCUCUCUCACCUCCAGCGCCCUCUUGUUCAUCCACUUUCUUCAAAUAUUUUUUUAUUAUUCUCCCAAUUCCAGCCUCUUGCGCUGCGCGAAUGUUCGUUCACACAGAAAACACGUUGAAUAUCCCUUUUACCCCUUCAAAUCUUUUUUUCUAAUCCAAUCGUUCUUUUCUAAAAAUCCCUCAUUUUCUCCGAGCAGAUCCAAUUUGCGUGCCCAAAAAAGAAUGAAAAAAU